CAUCAUGACCCUGCCUGAGGACACAAUCCAUACUGAAUCUUCCACGACUGAACAUCAGGCAGAAGAGAUCAACAUGAUGAGGAAUUUCUAAGGAAGUUUUUUCUUCUUUAAAAAAAAAACAAAAACAACAACAACAACAAAACAACCCUAACCCUACAACAAGUUGUACACCUCAGGGAUUGUUACAGCAACAUGAGUGUCAAGAAGAAAAAGGCAGGGCUGGUCAUCAGCUGGCAGAAGUCAUUCUCUAUCCUGGCUCCUUGGAGGAAAGGUAAAGGAGACACAUUACUGGACAGUGAGGUUGUCCUGACAAAAAUGAAGCUUUUCAGCAACUUCAGCGAAGGACUCCUUAACACUGAUGACUCUAUAUCCACCACCUCCACAGUGUCGGUCUCCAAGCAGGACAUCUCAGACCCCACCAAAGCUCCUGAGGUGAAUUCCCACCUUUAUGUAAAGUCCGGACAGUCUCGGAUGGAGUCUGGCUCAGACUACCUGACGGCAAUUUUCUCAGACUCUCAGCUUCCGAGGCUGUACAAGUUUGAGUCGGAGGACUCUGGAGUGGAGCUACCCAGUGGAGCUAACUCUCCGUCCACCCCGACAGGCUCUGAGCAGAGCUUUGUGGUCCACAGUCGAGAGUCAUCUUGCGACUCCUGCAACUUAAACUCUGACCCUACCACUCUCCCUGAUGAACUAUCCACACAUGGACAGAACCCUGAGAUUAAACCAGUAGAGGACUUGGUGGAUAACAGUCUGAGUACAGCAGUGGAUACUCAGGACGAUGUGCUCAUACCCUCAAAUGAACUACGUUUUUCAGCUGAGAGAAUACAAAUGCACAUAGGUGAGGACCUGGACGAGGACCUGGAUGAGGAACAGUGUAGGGCUUCAGGAAUCAGCCCUGAAGGAGAUGAAGAGACAUCUGAACAGCUUGAGGAGAACAGUGCUGUAACUGAAAGGAUCUGUUCAGAGAGUACGAGGCUCAGGUUACAAUCGUUGACAGAAGCCUGUGACGACGUGACUGGCAAUGACUUUGAGCCGGCGCCUUUAAGACGGAGUGCCACCAGUGACAGCCUUGAGGAGUACAUGGAUGAAUGCUGCAGACUCAGUGAGGGACAGCAGAGCUCCAACCCUCUGGGCUCUGGACUUGGAUACCUGGAGCACAUCUGCCAGCUCAUUGAGAAGAUCGGCCAGCUGCAGGAGACCAACCUCCGGCUACAGAGACAGAUCUGCAGCCUGCAGAAAGAUGGCAGGAUGACAAAGACCAAAGAGGACUUUUUUAAUCAGCACUGCAGCUGUGGUGCAGCCAGUCUGGCCUUUCAGGACACACAGAAGCGACAGUCCAGAAGUGAAUUUUUGUCACCCAGCGGAACCCUCUCUGACCUGUCCACCAUCCCUGAGGUCACCCGGCACCCACUCCUAUCAACCAGGAGAGACAUGAGCAAUGAGGGUCUGACACCCGUACCUCUGUGGAGGAGAGGUCUGAACCGAAGGAGUUACACAGAGGGGGAGGUCCGCUUCCUCAGUGACAGCACCGAAGGGCUCUCCGUCCCCCAGCGGAGGCUGAGUGAUAACUACACGUGGGGCCGAGUCAAAGAUCUAGUGAGGAAAACGAAGCUGAGGAACCAGAACAGACUGGGACUGAGCUCCACUUCACUGAAGAUGUCCUGUCCACAACUGUACAGGCCUGAUCUGGGACCAGUAGAACCUGUUGGCAGAAACAGGAACUCCAUGAUUACCCUGGGCCAUCAAAGCAAGUUCGACUUCCCUUGGCUACAAUAAACAUCCAGAUCAGAUGGAGAUGGUCUCAAACAGGAGGAGGAGGAGGAGGAGGAGGAGGAGGAG